CCUCACUGAUGUUGUAGGAGGGCUAGUAUUGCAGCAGAAGAAUUCUUUCUGUUCUUUUGACUUGUGUUUGUCUCUGAUAGGUUGUAGAGGGUAACAAGUACACUCUUUCUCCAACUUCUGGGAUGGAUAAAGGAGGUGGACGAGAUUGAUACUACAUCAUCAAGUCAAGAACUUCAACAUUUAUUCCAUUCAAUACAACAACCAAGUCCCAAGAACAACAAUCAUUUUAUACAACAACAACGACAUUCACCACCCGACAAGAACAAAACUACAACUACACUUCUCCGAUUGAUUUUCAGAUUCUAGGAAUCACUCUUAAGAAGAUCAAGAACCUGUUUCCAAGAACACAUCAGCAAAGAUGGGGUCACAUCGCAAGAGAAGAAACAACGGAGCAAGCGGCAAAGGCGGGUCGCGACGUAAGAGAGGAGACAAGGGAGCAAGCGGCACAGGCGGGUCGCGACGUAAGAGAGGAGACAAGGGCAGAACAAAUACCACGACCGCAGGCGCAGGGAAGAUGCGAAAAGCUGUUGCUUUUGCAGCUGGGCUUUCUCUUUUAUGAAAAAACAUCUUGUGAAAUUUUAGAAAUUCGAACUUGGAAUCAGAGAUAAUAGUGAUUCUCUCCGUGCGGUACUUACUAGAAUCAGGUGUCCUCCGUACUAUAUGUGUGAUGGAUGCCAAAUGCUCCACUGUUUCAAUGUAGUACUACUACAACUAGUACCACGUACUCAUAAGUAGCUGAUUCUGGUCCCCUUGUCUCUCGGAAUCUUUAGCAAAAAUGAAAAAUCAUGACAGGGACUCACACAUGACACCAGCAGUACAGUUGUAGCUCUCCUUUCGUAUGAAGAUCUUUACAGAGUAAUCGCAACGGCAGUACUCGUCAACAUACUAAACAGUACAACCAUUACUCUUGGCCACAAUUGGGAGAGUACGGCGGAAAAAGCUGUCCUAUUCUAUCCGCUCCGAGAAAGACCCGCAAUGAUGAGAUAGGAGGAUGCUCAACGACCUCUUUCUAAUUCUCGGCGCGCGGGCCCGUCAACAUGUCGCUUCUCGAUCCUCCUUGUUGCAGACCAAGAGAGCCGAGGAGGCGGCACAAGUUUAUGGCUCAUUAGUUACAUUGAUAAAUAUUUGGUAGAUUUUUAUACAAGUACGCUCAUGAUUAGUACAUUGACAUAAUUAAUUGAUAGAUAGAUACUUACAAGUUCAAGUUAGUACGCUCAUUAGUACAUUGAUAGCGAUAAUGAAUAAUUUUUUGGUAGAUACUUGGAACGAGAGUAUAGUUUUCUAGUUAAGUAAAGAAGCAAUAGAAGAUUAUUAUAUCCGCUAUCAUCUAACUCUAAGAACUCCAUCAUUAGUACAAGUACGCUGGUCACCUUGCUCGUCACCGUCUAGUCCAUUCAUCAUCAAUAUUCUUGCUAGAUACAAGCACUUAUAACUUUCUUCAUGGUGCUGGUUCAAGAGUUUUUUUCUGGAAAUUUAGAGCAAUUUGAAUUAGUUUGUUUGUUACUAUGGUCAUCAAUUAUCGGGUGAGACAUAGAGAUGGAGGAGAUCGGGUGAGGACAUUCAACAUUCGAUUGACUUUUUUUUGUUGAGUUACAGAUCAAAUUGAAUAAUCUUCUGUCUUGUCAAUGCCAUCAUCUUUUGAUGUUUUGAGUCUCGUUUUAUCUUAUCGCCCUACCCUAUCCUAUCCCGUCUUAUCCUAUCCUAUCCCAUCCUAUUCUCCUCUCCUAUUUUCCAAUCCUGCCUACUUAUCCUCUUCUGGUCGUGUCCUGUCCAUCAUCGGUAUCCUCUCCUAUCCUCUUCUAACUCGAGGCUUGUGGAAUUUCCUGCAAUGAGUCUCCAGAAAAGCAGAUUAAGGCCAGACAGAAUUCACUAUCUCACGUGGGCUUCUAUCGUGCUGAGUGGAUAAGAAAGGAUAUUUAUAAUUCCUCUUGAUAGAAGUCAUCAAGGGGAAUAUAGGGCUCUAUUUACAGAACUCGGGGGGUCUCCUUAAUAGGACUCAGGCGGAUUCUAAGGGUUCCAUUUCGCACGCGGGGCGGGUCCGCUUAACAGAAGUCAAGGGGGUGCUCAGGGUGACCCUUAGAUGUGAUUUCGAGCGGAUUCUAAGGGGAGAGAAGACAAGUCACUCAGCCCACUCAUUCAAGUCACUCACUGAAACCACAGAUAGUGAGUCAGUAUUGAGCGUUAAGAUGAGCAACUCAAACUCUCCGAUUCGACUGAACAAGAAAAAUCCACGUCUACGUGGUGCGAAGUAUUUCUCGAACGGGCCUGCGGAUUCCUCGGUCGCGGAUUCCUCAGAUGGAGAGGCGUCCCCGAUAGCCUUGGAGCCGGGGGAAAGGAAAACUGCGGCUUCGACGAGAGCGCUUUUCUCGGCUGGAGCUGGUGGACAUGAACGUGAAGAUGGACCACGUCGUUCGCUCGGCGGGAGCAAACAAAAGCAGCAUGGUGUUGGGACCGAAGCGGGCGAUCUUACUUCGCAUCCUACUCAGUCACCGAGCUCAAUAUCUGUUGAUCGAAGUGCGGAAUUCGGUAGUGGGGGCGCUCGCGUUAUGGAACUAUUACCAUGUAUACUUUCAAAGAGAUUCUUGAUUCAGAUUCUUUUCGUAUGCUAGAAUGAAGACGGUUUCCCUUUCAUCUCUAGACAAAGGAUCCCUUCGACUAGUAAUGUUUAGAAGAGCAUUAAAAUUUUGUGUCGUGAUUCACAAACAAACAGUUUAUGGAGGGCGUACGUUCCUGCUGGAUUUUUCACGGAUGUCAACACUAUUUCGAAUUUUUGUUUUUCUAAAAAUCGAUAUAAUCUUCGAGGAAGUACUAGGUUCGCCGGAUCCGACAUCAGAGUGCCUGAGCCUGCACGAGCCAACUCGCAUCUAGAAGGCCUACCUGGGAAAGCCAACUCGGAGCCGGCGUUUUUAGGGAAAGAGGAAAGGUGGAAAAGGCCCAGGAGCUUGACGUCGGAGAAGUCGGCGAAGAGGGGAGGAGCGGUAGAUGCAGGGCGCGAGGCUCCUGAGGGCGAGCACACUGUGGGGGAACCAGCAGAGACACCGCAGGCCGCGGAGGAAGCGGCAGAGACGGCGCAGGAA